AUGGCCACAGGAACGAGGUUCAGCAAUUACAAAGCUGAGACAGAAGCACUCAUGAAGGCAGCCUCUAUGCUUGAUAACUCACCAGAAGAUACCACCUCAGUAGUACUCCUCACAGAUCCAAGAUCAGUCCUUGAAGCUCUGAUAAACAACACCUCCCCAAAACUAGCUAAACUUAUGACAAGACUCAGCAAUAACCUCAACAAAGCACUCCAGUGGAUACCUGCCCACUGUGGAGUGUCAGGAAAUGGGGAGGCUGACCAACUAGCCAAACAGGGAGAAAAACAGAGCAACCAAAUACCCAGAUGGAAGAGCCAGAUCUUUGCCAAAGCCGAGAUGGUUGUACUGCUUCCAAAGUCUCUACUGGAUUCCGUUUCGCUAGGAACAGGAAAGCCUCAGUUUCAAAAGGGCGACAAGGAGAUGAUGGUCCGAAGCGACGUCUGCUCCUCCCUUGACAAGUAUCGGUACAUCCUGAAGAGAGCGACGAAACUUCUCUACGAUACACAAGUGAUCGAUCUGGUUUAUGGUGACACCCAAAAUGCCUUAUGUGGUGGAAAUACUCCCUCUGAUGACCAGAUGAGCAACACCGCCGACGCCGUCAAUGUACCCGCUCCUGCCCCUGGUAAGCCGGAGCCGUCGGAGCAGGACCCGCACAACAGGCACCCGGAAUGGUCCGCACCCCAGCUGGAAAACGCCUUCUGGCGGUGCGUUUCCGCGGCGAAGCCUCGGGAGCUGGAAACGUUUCUAUCCGAACACCGGAACCAUCCGAAAUACGCGAAAGUAAUCAACCAGACGUGCGAGGAAUACGAUGAAGAUGGGGGCAAUGCGCUCGUUUAUUGUAUCAAGGAGGGGCGUGAUAAAGGGGCCACAUUCGGGGGCAAGGACUUCGGGGCGUGUAUAGAUGUUUUGGCUGAUAAUGGGGUCAAUGUGAAUAGCGUCGACAAGCAUUUGAAAACGCCCCUGUCUUGGGCAGUGACCAUAAAGUGUCCUCGCUAUGCGUUAAAACUUAUGAACAAAGGUGCUGACAUGAAAAUUGUCGACCACGACGAAUACAACCCUUUCCAACUGGCCAUACAGAGGCGACAGAAGGAUACUGUUACGGCGAUGCUUGAAGCUGAUCCAAAGAUAUCGAGUGUGAAGGAUGGUAAGGGUGUACCUCCGCUAGUCAUGGCAGUGAAGAGCGGAAACCUGGAGAUGGCGCGUCUGCUACUGGCGUACGAGGCAGACGUGAAUCUCGCAGAGGACAGGACCAACCGAACCGCUGUGUACCACGCCAUACGCAACAAGCACCUCGAUCUACUCGACCUUUUACUCCAAUAUAAACCAGACUUAGAUACUGUAGACUGUGACGGUCGCUCAAUAUUGCACCUCAUCUGUGAGAACUCGGACAUUCGAUACUUCCACAAAGUCACCAGUCUCAGACCACAUUUCUCACAGAAGAUUAUGGAGCAGACGGUUGACGACAAUCACACACCACUCAUUGAGGCGUGCAAGAACGGGAAUGCGGAACAAGUGAAACAUCUCUUGGAAGAUGGGGCCAAGGUUGCGCACACAGACUCCUCAGGAAAGACAGCGCUGCACCAUUGCGCAGACAACCUGGAGACCCAGUGCGCCGAGAUGCUGCUGGAUCAUGACUCGUCAAUUCUUGAAAUUAAGGAUGACCAGGGUUACACCGUACUUACAUUGGCUGUGUUGGUGGGCAACACAAACCUGAUGAGUGUUCUGCUGGAUCGAGGUGCUAAUGUUCACGUCAGGGACAACGAGGGACAUCUGCUGUCUCACUGGGCUGCGGUGUGCGGACAGUUGAAGGUGCUGGAGAUACUCAACCAGCGCACCGCAGACAUGGACUCGCCAGACAACCACCACGCCUAUCCCAUACACUACGCAGCACAGAUGAAUCCCUCUAACUCCGGUCACACUGACAAAGCGAUAUCUGAGAAAGUGCUGAAGAAGUUCAUAGAUUGCGGUGUAGCCUUGAAUGUUGUCGAUGAUGCUGGGAGGGAACCGUUGCUAUGGGCUGCUUGUUCUGGAAAUGCUGCGUCAUGUGCACUGUUACUGAAGGCGGGAGCAGACGUGAACACACGAGACAAUGACCAACUCACAGCUCUUCACUGCGCGGCCAGUCGCGGUAACGAUCAAUGUAUUGAGGUGCUACGCAAGAGUGGAGCAGACGUGAAUCUCAUGGAUGGCAACAAGUGCACUCCACUGUUCUAUGCCAUCACCCUUGGCAACCUGAAGUGUACCACGGCACUCAUCGCUGCCAAGGCAGAUGUCAACCAUGUGGACGAUAGGGGAAGAAACCCUGUGCACUGUGCGGCCAUUAAAGGGUGCAUUGAGACAAUCCGACUUCUGGAGAAGGAGGGAGCUAACCUGUGGCACCAGAACAAGAAGGGAGACUACCCUGUACACGAGGCAGCCCUCAAGGGCCACAUAGAUGUUGUGAAGCAGUUGCUGAGACAGAAGAAUGACAAGGAAGCUGUCAAUGUUACCAACAACAUGGGUAAAACCCUUCUCCACAUCGCCGCGGCAACCAACAAUCUCCCGCUGUGCAAGCUUCUCAUCAACCAAGACUGCAAAAAGAACGAGCUUAUGAAGCAUGCAGGCAAGGAGUUCACUCCAUAUGACAUUGCUGUCAUCAAGGAGUACAAGGAGGCGGCAGAAUACCUCAAACAGCGUGGCGCUGUUGGGUAUGCGGAUUUGAAAAAUAUUGAAAAGGAACAGAAAACUGACAAAAAUAUCAAAAAAGAUCCAAAGAAAACCCCACCAAAAUCUCCAAAGAAAACUAAUUCUCCUGCGCAUAAGAAGGAAGUUAAAAAAGAUGAUGAAGGUGAAGACCAGAAGACACAGGAUGUAGUUGAGAAAAAAGAAAAAGAUCAGGGGGAAGAUUCAGUAAGGAAAGAGAAGGGAGAAGAUACAGUUGGGAAGUCUGAAGAAAAGCAAGAGACACCAGAAGAAAAAAAGACAGUGGUCAAGGAAGAAAAGCCUCUACCUAAGAAACCAAAAGCUGAUGCAGUUCUAGAGAAAGAAGAUGCCAUUCGAACCUCGUUGGUAUCACUGAGGUCAGAUGAUUCCCCAAUAACACCGGGACCUGAUGCAAAACCAGAACGGUUCAGAGAAGGCCGCCAAUCAGUUGAGCUUAAUUUAGAUGAAGAUGACAUGGGGACCUCUCAGUCAAAGAAAGAGGAGGGGAAAUAUGUGUCCCUUGAGAGAAUCGACCCCAAAAAGGAGGUGCCAGUCACAACAACCACUGAAACCCACCCCAGAACGUCCACCCGUGAGGGGGCCCACAGCAGCAAAGUGGGAUUUAAGGGUAGAUACUAUGAGGAUAGUGUAUAUACAUCAGAGUCUAACCGCUCUAGAUCUAGACACACAGAAAGAACAGUAUCAAAAAAGCCGUAUUUAGAUUCAGUAAAAAGUAGUGUUAAGGCUUACCAGACCACGCGUAGCUCAUCACGUAGCAUUCAUCAGCUCAAGCGUGCACAAAUUCACACAGGGCCCAUGCACGAUAUCGUGAUGUUCAGUAAGAUGAUGGAUAACUACAGGCGAGGGUUGAUGGGUGAGGAGGAGGAGGUGGACCUUCGUAACUAUGCCAACUGGGAUGGCUACCUCAAUGAGCAACUUCGUUUUGUGUCUCAUCUCUAUAGCCACGAAAGUAGAUCUCCACGUGAGGUUCAGGAAACUGCCAAGGAACAGCACAAGAGGUUAGAACAGGAAGCAAUUACUAGUAAAAAAGACACGGAUGAGCGAUGUGCACUUUUGGAAAUAGAAGAGGAAUAUCAGCGAAAGCGCAACCAAGACAUGGACAAAGAAAUAGACAAUCUUGCAUCUCGAACUGCCGAAAUGUUUGAUGGCAUUAAACAUGUGGCCUCAGAGAAUGUCGCAAGUGCGAAGAACAGGAAUUUAAAGUUGCGAGACGAGAUGAUCAGAUCACGGGAGGAAAAGCUUAUGAACACUACAGACCCUAAAGAACGGGAUUUCCUUAUGCGACAAAGGAUGGAAGAGUCCAUUCUGGAGGCGCAGGAGAGGCUGGAGAUGGAGCGACGCGAGCGCAGCAAGAACUGGCACCGCCGUAAGGAUGAGGACAUGAGGAGACGUCUGCUGCAGGCAUACAAGCCAUGUUUCCCCAACGAUGUCUUCAGUAAGAAGUCAGUGUGCGUGUCAGGAGGUCGUGUGAAGUCAGCCAGCCAGAUGCACAUUCAAGGAUCCCCGUCCCCUCGCCCGCGUAAGAAAACUGCCACACCACGCCCACAAACAAGCAAAUCUGACAAAUCUGACCACACAACAAGCAACUUCUCUGCCGCACAGUUCAGACUAAAGGAUGAGAAGCGGCAGGUUCAGAUGACACCCUACGGUCUGCGGCGAGUUCGAAAUCAGGACAGACCAACUUAUGAUCGACGUUCAAGAGUAUAUGUAUUCCAGUCAGAAUUUGAAAUUCAAAAUCGUAAACCUCUCCAAUAUGAUCCUGAGCACAUUCUGCAAACAAUACGAACAUGCUCCCAGAAAUAUGUGGAACUUGCAGUAUUUUACAUGGCAGAGGCAAUAACCUCGAAUUGGAGUCGCAAGUUCGACGGAAGUAUUCGACCGCGUACAGGUCUGGUGUUUGUUGAGCCACAUGUCUAUAAUGACCUGAUCCGUGAGGAGAAAGAGGCGAAACAGCAGAUCUCCUCCGAGGUGCGGCAACAUCUGUCCAAUGGGCAUGCAGCCCAGAACGGUGACCUAGAUUCUGAACUCUCUUGAGUCACCUGAUAGUAUUUUUGUUAAAUGCUUAGUAACUUGAUUUCGGUUUGUACUUAAUGCAUAGGACUCUGUCAGGAAAUAGAAACUGUUAACUAUAUGUAAAAUGUUCUGUUUUGUUUUUUACUAUUUAGGAGCAGGAUUCAAUUGUUUAAAAUACUUAAUCUUAUGAAGCGUGAUAUAUUUAAGGGAUUUAUUUAUUAAUUCAGAGCAUGUUACAAUGUUACACUCAAUUUAUUUUUAUUUAAACUAGCUUAAAUUCAGUUAGAAAUAUGUUUUAUGUUUGGUACUCAUUUGCUUAAAAUACUCAUUUAACCCUUCCUACUCAGAAGCAAAGUGACAAUGGCUAUGUGCAAACAGCAUAAAACCCAAACAGCCUGUGAGUAACUCGCAGUCUGUUCAGGUUUUUGCUGUUUGCUGCUCAUCAGUAUCUUAGGGUUGGAAAUGAAGCCUUUAAAACUUUAAUAUAGUUAGAAAGGUCUUUAAUUAAAUGUAACUUCCUUAGGGACUACAAAUGCAUACCAAUACUUAUCUAAGUGAUAAAGGGUUAACAAGCUUAUGUUAGUAUUCUACUUAUGAUAAAAUAGUAUGAUACAAAUGUAAAGAUUGUGCUUUUUAAUAAGGAACAUUAUGCACUUUGUUACAUUUAUUUAUUACAACAGUUAUAAAUACUAGCUUAUGUAAACAAUGUUUUCAUACAGACAGUUAUGAUUGUAUGCAUUCAAUUAUCUUUCAUAUAAAUUUUCAUUGUUUAUUUGGUUGUCCUGCUUAAAUAACUUUGUGUGUAUGAAGAAAAUGUUGAAGAUGAAUUGUGGAUUUUUUUGAUUUCACAAUGCUUUGUUAAAAAUAGCACAUGCACCCUGUACUAGGAGCGUGUUACCAUUUGUGUAUUUUAAUACAUUAAUAUUUAGUCAACAGCUGCCAGUAAAUCCAGGUUUAUGCCAUUUUUUGCUGAUACCUUGAGCCUCAUUGGUCAUAUGCCAGUUUAGGAAACUGGUUAUAAUGGUGGUAAUAAUUUUAAGUUGUUUUUCAAUCAUUGUACAUUCAAAACGUGCAUCCAAAUUUGCAAUACCAUGUAACAAAUUAAAUAAUAUUAAGAUAUAUGAAUACUGUGAUUAAUUUUAUUAAUAGUUGGUGGGCUAAAUUCAUAUCAGAUCUAAAUAUUAUAAUAAAUAAUAAAUUAUUUGUCAUUAAAUAAUUUAAAGUAAAUCACAAAAAGCUGAUCAAUGUUGAAAGGAUCUUCAAAUGUUUUGGGUUGACUAUCCUAAUUUGGAGCCUUUUUGAAACAAGGCGAAAUACCAUUGUAUUUCACUCAUGAUUCUUUUGUUAAGAAUUGAAAAAUUAUUUCUUGUUAAGAAUUGAAAUAUAAUUUCAUUUCUUUUAAAAUCAUAGUUUUCUGAUAUCCUAUUAUGCUGAAGCCACCUCAUGUAUUGUGUCUUAUAUCCCAAUAUGGCAUAGCACCUUUAUGUUUUGUGUCUGAUAUCCACUUAUGCAAAGACCUAUAUAAUACAUGUAUUUGAUAGGUCUUUGACUUAUGCUUUAGCCAUCACAUUUUUUGUGUUUUGUUUUAUUAAUUAUUAUCAUUAGUGUUCAUGAGCACAUUUCAGCAUCAAUGUUCAGAUAUCUUUGUGCUCUUGCAUUUCAUAUAUUUUCACUUUUAAUAAUAUUAAAUAAAUUAUGAACAUUCAUGAUGUGAACACGACAUGAACAACCUUUGACUUUGAAAUGCAAUUACUGGUGAUUAUCCGGCAAAUGUGAUGUCACAUUUACUCCAUGGUCAUAUCAGCUAUCUCAUGUCCAAAAAUAUAUGCUAAAAAAUAUUGGCAAUUAAUUGCAUUGAAAUCAUUGCUUUUUAUAUUGAUCAGUAAUAUUUCUAUUAGAAACAAUUCCUGUACAAUAUCAGUUUCUGAAGAUAUUUGUGGACUGUAAUGUUGUUUUUUUUACUACUUUAAAAUGCUUUACAUUUGGGUCAGGUUCUGGGAAAACAGGCCUUAAUGCAUCUGCAUAAAGUAUCAUUCCAAAUUAGCCUGUACUGUCGGCUUUUAUUGAUCUAUAGUUUAUGUCUAUUUAUGUCUAUUUGUUUUUUUCAUUUUGAAUGAUGUAGUCUCAUAUCUAGAUCUGUUUCUUACCUCGUUAUUUUAUUGAUUGUUUCCAUCAAAGCAUCUGGUGAUUUUAAGCAUCAGUACAUAAACAAGAGAUAACUAUGUUGGAUAUUAUAUAAUCAAGUAAAAUACCCAUUUCUGUGUUUUCAAUCUUAAUUCAAAAACUUUAAAACAGUUAAAUAAAACUAGUUUUGUACAAUAAAAUUAUACAAUGGAUAAACAGGUAUGUGUAAGAAAUUAUGCAGAAAUGUGUGUAUCAGUGUGUAUAUUUAUUUAGUUAUGUUAUGGCACAAUUGAUUUUGCAAGCUUGUGCUGCUGUUUUUACAUUAUCUGGCACAGACAUUUUGUGGCCUGCAUUAAAGAGUCUGUUGUUUGUGUUAUGUGUCUGUUUGAAUUAUUAUUGGUAUAAAAUUUACAUGUUAACCAUGUUUUCCUGAUUCUGUGAUAUUGCUUCAUGUGAUAUGAAAUAACAGCAAUUUUAAUUUACAAAUAUUUGUUCAUGCUUUAGUUAUAAUACUGUUUUAAACUGCAUGUACUUGGAUAUUUGAGAAAAAUAAACUACUGGAAGCUGUA